CCCAUCCUUAUGACAAUUGUAGGCUAGCUUCGAUUUUAAGUUAAAUGAUAUGCAUUUAGACACAUGUUUUUUCCGUGAAGACCUCCAAUUCAUUUGAAACACUGGAUGAUGAAAUGGAAUGUUUAGUAGAAAACCAGGAGGAGAUGCGAAAGGAUAACGCAGUAAUUUGGUCUAAUAAGGGAAUUGGGUCCACUAUAACUUCGGACUCGUAUUUUCAUCGUGAUUUCACGAAAUCAAAAGAAGGGCGACAACCUAAAGAAGAAGACGUCGCAUCAAUUACGUCCGACUAUUCGGAAGAGUUCCCUCUGUUGCCCUCACUGAACGAGCGAAUGCCGAGUCCGGUCGAGCAAGAAAAUGUUUGUAGCCAGUCAAUCUCCCAAUGCAUGAAUGAAGAACAAGGGGAGGAAAUUCUCAUCAAGGAUGGCGCAUCUAAUAAAAGGCAAUUGUUUAAGACCUCCAUAAGAAGAAGGCGUGCACCGAAAAAGUAUACUCCUAACAGCAACAAAAACAAAGUUUACUGUUAUUGCCAAGAAGAAGAUAAUGGUUGGUAUCUUAGAUGCGACUUUCAAUAUCCUGGUUGUUUAGAAUACUAUCAUGCACGUUGCGUAGGCUUGGAAAAAUUAAAGAAAAGAGAAUGUGGCGAAAAGUUCAGCAAUUGUGAAGACGGUACCUCAUAUGCUUGCCCUGAAUGUGCCAGAAUAGUAGAAUGCAAUGUUAAAGUAAAGAAUUCACAAUUAAUAGAAGCGACAAAAUCAUCUAAACCCGAGUUGGUGUCAGAAUUCGAUUUUUCGUCCGUGCAACAUAAUCUGCCUGAAAAUGACGAAGUGUGUAUGCAGCAAGACGGCAUUAAAGUAAAUACUGUUUGGAAGGAAGACUUGCCAAACACUGUUAAGUAUUCGGUAGCACCAUACACGAUGAGAAUUUCACCAUCUGAACAAUCCCAGACAAAUGCUAUGUUUUCUGAGUCUCAUGAAGGACUUGAGGAUAAUAACAUUUUCCUUCCUCGUGUAGAAUAUCAUGACCUGAAGUUAUCUGACAGUGACUGCAUUGUAGGACAGGAAGAAAAAGUGGAGUCCUCCCAGAAGAGAGACUCACAGAAUCUACCUAUGUUUUCUGAGUCUGAUGAGGAUUUUGAGGACAUUACUAUCGAAGCUGUUUUAGAUGGAGAUAAAGUAGAGGCAACUUCUCUGGAAAAUGAUUUACUGAAUCCGUCGAUGCUUUCUGAGUUUGCUGAGGGAGUUGGAUAUGAAAAAGUGGAAACAUCCCAGGAAAGUGGAUCACGAAAUCUACCGAUGUUUUCUGAGUCUCAUGAUAAAGGAUUUCAGGAUAAUAGUUUCCCAUUUGAAGAAUAUGAUGACUUAAACUUUUCUGACAGUGACGAUAUUUUAGAACAAGUAGAAAAAGCGGAAACCUACCAGAAUAAAGACCCGCUUAACCUACCAAUCACGGUUGAGACUUUGAGAACUAUAACGGACUGCCCCAAAUUAACUACAGGUACUUAUUUUACCGCAGAAAUACCCAAUGAAGCUACGUUCAGACUUACCGAUGAUGAAUGGAAACGAAUUGAACCAGCUGAUGAAAAACCGAGUACGCUUAAACCGUGUUGGACGGAGGUAGUGGCAUGUCAUUUGAACGAAUCUAAUGACUAUUGCACUUUUCGCUUCAAACGACAUUUUAUUCAGAGAAGAGAUUCAAGAAAACGAAAUUGUGAUGUAUUUACGGCUUCGGGUAAUUGUGUGUUUGUCGAUUGUAAAUGUUCUUUCACACUUAAAAUGAGUCAAGCACAAUUCAACGUAAAAGAAAUUUCGGUUACUUACAAAGGUGCAGUGAAACACGCGACAGGAGAAAGACAGUCUAGAUUCAUUCGAAACGAAGAAAGACAAAAACUUGCUAAAAUGUUUCAGGAAAAACCGUGUAAACCAUCAAAGGUUUAUCAGGAGCUGAAGGAAAAACUAACAAGUAAUGCAAAAGCUUCUGGUAAUAGAACUGGAUGUGGGGUACAGCCUACUACAAUGCGCAAAAUUGCAAGUGAAGGUCGUCAAAAUGACUAUAUCGCUAGGGACAUGGUAGAAUCAUUGGAUGCAAUUCGAAAACUGUUCAUUCAAGAAGAAAAUUCGCGAAAUAAACCGCCUGCGAAGAUCGAUGGAUUCAUUCAUAUGAUUAGUCUUCACCCUCUUAUUGUAUGCAUGUGGACUGAAGGCCAGGUGAUGCUUUGGCAUGAUCGAGUAUUAAAUGAUGUGGCUUAUUUAGAUGCUACAGGGACAAUUGUUGGCGACUACAAUGGAAAAAGAUCAUUGUAUUACGCACUGGCAGUGCGUCAUCCGAUUGUUGGUAAUCCACCAAUGCCGGUAGCGGAAAUGGUGACAAACGAUCAUAGUGCUUUAAACAUACGGGCGUUUACGGGCGCAUUACUGCGCAUGAAGCAAAAAAUUAGAAUCCUCAUAAAGGUCGUUAGAAUGGAGAGUGGCAUCAAUACAUUUAUACGUAUAUAA